AUGGAGGUGAGCUCUAAUGCCUCUUGGAUAAUCAAGGGUAUAAUGAGCACCAGGAGACUGACUCACGAGGUGCAGAGAUAUUGGGACAAUAGUAUUGAAACUGACCAUUUCACUAUGGGGACUGUCUAUAAGAUGAUGCACAUGGGAAAGGAUCGUGUGGUUUGGUAUGAGCUGAUUGCUGGCAACAAUGCAACACCAAGGGCUGUCACUUGUCUCUGGAUGGCAUGCCAUAGAAAGCUUGCAACCAAGGAUCGUUUGACCAAAUGGGGCAUGAUACAAUAUAGGAAAUGUAGUUUAUGUGAGGAGUGUGAAGACAUAUACCAUCUGUUCUUUAAAUGUGCAAAGCUGAAACAGGUAUGGAUGGAUAUUUUGCAAUGGAUUCAAGUUAAUCAUCUUCCUCUUCCUUGGGAUAGAGAGCUCCAAUGGCUGCAAAACUAUUGCAAGGGAAAAGGGAAACGGGUGUGGACUAUGAAGGUGGCUAUUGCAGAAACCGUAUACCACUGUUGGAGCUGGAGGAAUGCAGUGUGUUUCGACACACAGUUUGAUAGUGAUCACAUUGUACAUAAUAUCAUAGAUAGUAUAAUUCAUAGAUGUUGGCAAAAGAAAAAGUAUAGGGACUACACUGCCCAAUUGAUGAUGUGA